UAAUAUUUUGGCUUUCGGGGGCCUAAAAUUAGCUAAAAUGCAUAAAUUAAAAUUUUCACAAAGAGACAAAGUUAAAAAGUUUAUAACAUUUACACAAACUGGUGAGCAGACUGCAAUUUAUUGUUUAACUCAAAACGAUUGGAAGUUAGACCUGGCGAGCGAUAAUUAUUUUCAAAAUCCUGAAGCAUAUUACAAAGAACCUAAAAAUUCUGUAGAUAAAAAAAAAUUGGAGAUAUUAUUUAGUAGAUAUCAAGAUCCAAAUGAACCUGACAAAAUUACUGCAGAUGGUAUAAUGAAAUUUUUAGAUGAUUUGGGUUUAAGUCCGGAAAGUAAAUUAGUUUUAAUUAUUGCAUGGAAAUUCAGAGCAGAAACUCAAUGUGAAUUUACUAAGGACGAAUUUAUGAAUGGCAUGAUGGAUUUAGGAGUGGACAGUAUAGAUAAAUUAAAAGCACGAUUAAAUAGUUUAGAGAAUGAAUUAAGAGACCCGCAAAAAUUUAAAGAUUUUUAUCAGUUUACAUUUAAUUAUGCAAAAAAUCCAGGACAGAAGGGACUGGAUCUUGACAUGGCAAUUGCAUAUUGGAAUAUUGUAUUGGAUGAUAAAUUUAAAUACCUACAAUUAUGGUGUCAAUUUCUUCAAGAACAUCAUAAGCGAUCGAUUCCAAAAGAUACAUGGAACUUACUAUUAGAUUUUGCGCUUAUGAUUAAUCCUGAUAUGAGUAAUUAUGACGAAGAAGGAGCGUGGCCAGUAUUGAUUGAUGAUUUUGUAGAAUGGGCACAGCCUCGCGUUCGUCAGUCUCUCUAACAUCCUUUUGAUAUAUCUUUCUUCAAUAUAAAGAGCUUUAUUUAUUCGAUUACACACGCAAAUAAUAUUCAAAUAAGAUUUGAGUAUAUAACAUAUAUCCCUGAUAAAACAUGACAUUACUUUUGUAUAGUAUCUAUGAUUUAAAAAAGAAGUCCGCUAAUUACCAUAUACUGCAUGCUUGUAAUCUGAAGUAUUAAAUCUUGAGUAAUUUUCUAUUCUAUUGAAAUCUGAUAAUUGUCUUACGUAUAGAAACUGUUUCAAAAUCUGUUGAUUUAAUGGAAAAGAAGAAAUGCAAAGAUAUUUUUAUAUCAUUUUAUAACAAGUACACAUUCUAGAUUGUACAAAAUUGUUAUAUAUUUCAUUUGUGCUCUACAUAUCGUUAUUCUCUCAAUUAAUGGCGCGAAGUACAUUGAAAAAGCUUAUCUUAGUGAAUGUACUGUACAAAGUAAUAUGUUAUGUAUUAUGUUUAUAUAGGAACACGAUAAUUCUAAGCGGUGUGACUAAACUACCAAAGGUAUUUGCAAGCAUCUUUCAGGAUAUAAAUUCGUGUGUUCCUUUAGGAGACUUGAUCAGGCUUGAAAAGCAACAAAUUAUAAGAGAGACUAGUUAAUGUUUUCUGUAGAUAGUAUUUGCUAGGGAUUGCGUUGUUGAGAAUUGUUAUAAAAUGAACAGCCACACUUCUAUGCUAUUCUUGUAAUAUAUAUGUAUAUAUAUAUAACUUAAAUUUAUAUAUAUAUAUAUACACAUAUACAAAAACGAAAAGAGAAAAAAUAUGUAUUGUAAACAAAAAUCUUGGCACAGUUAUACUUAUAUAUUGAAUUUUUCUAUUUAAUAACAAGACAAAGAAAAUUUUAUUUUUAUCAUUAUUAUAUGCAUUGUAACUCUGAAACGACAUAGAACACGAAAAAAAAAAUAAAUUUACUUUUGUUUUUUAUAUAAAUGUAGAGCAUUAGUUCUAUUUUUAGUUAAAAAUAAAAAAAAGAUAACAUGUUUAAAAAAAUAAUCAUUGGAUUGUCAAAUACUUUUAAUAUUUGUUGUGAUUAUUUAAUGAUAAAAUGAUUAUUCUAUUUAAGCAAUAUAAAUUUAUUGUAGAACAUUUUUUAUAAACGUAAUGUUAUAUGUAUAAAUUUAUAGCAAUUGUAACUAUUUUGAACUUUAUUCAGUAUAAGAGAAAUUAUUCAGAGCAUACAUUAUGAUUAAGAAAUUAAAAUAAUAUAUUUAAAGCAACCACAAGAAGGUGCGACAUAGAAGUUAGUAAAAUUUGAAAUAUCUCGCGUCCACAAAUUUCAGAUUUCUAAAUAUAUUUUAUAAAGCUACUUAAUAUAUUAGAUGGAAAAAAAAAAUUAAAAAAA